GGCUUUAUAAGGACGAUGCAUUUUUACAUUUUGUAGAAUUAUGUUUGCAUUUGUUUCGUUGGGAAAACAGGAAGAUACAGCGUGUUCUCUGCGGAGAUAAUAAUACAUAAAAAAUACGUAGGCACAAAAAUGCAUCCCUGCCGUUGAAGGGCCUGGGCGAAAAAUGCAGAUCUGAACAUUUACACUUCAAGGUGAAGGAAGGCUAAUCAUAACUGACCGUUGCGAUGUUAUGGUUAAGAAGGAAAAAAAAAAAAAAAGCUACAAUAAUGUUGUGCCUCACUAUUUGUCGUCAUUUCAUCUGACGUCUUUACGUUCUGCACAGAUAAUGGAAUUUUAUUUUUAGUAUCUGCUGAAUAAUUUUUAUGAACAUUUGUUUUAAGUGUACCCCGCGUGAGCAUUUAUAACAAUAUCAAACCACACCCGGUGUGACAUUUGUCUUAGCCCCUGAUACAUGUGUGCCUAAUUCUGUGAGCUUCGAAAUGGUAAAGGGUGACGUGUGCAUCAGGGGGUACUCACAGUUAUGCAUAGCACGUUCGUUUCGCUUUUUUAGUCAAAAAUAAGAAAUAGUUGUGCAUUUUUAGUCAUGGGCCAAGGCAUUUGCUGUGUGCGCGCUUUUUUUACAGGCCAGUGGUGAUUUAACGGAUAAAAGACACCACUGCGGUUGAAAGGACGAACGCUUUUUCGGAACCGAUAAAGAAGGAAAAGGGAUGAAUUUAGUCGACUACGAACUUUCCAGCGACGAAGAACGCGGUGAGGCACCCCAUAAAAGGGAGAUUGGACACGAAGAUUCAGCGGAGGGAGGGAAUAAAUGCACAGAGAAUAAAAAGAAUGAGGAAAGGGGAAGGGACAAUAGCGCUAGUAAGAAUGGAAAACACGAUCUUGGUGGAAAUGAGACCGAUGACGUGUGUGCUAAAAAGAAGGCGGAUAUCCAUUUAGCGAAGAAAUGGGAUGCGGGAAGAGCAGAUGCACCCGGGGGGGAUAAAACACGCGACGCAGAUGAAAUGCGUAGCGAUGGCAUUGCAGAGGAAAAGGGGACCCCCACUGAAGCGCCUUUAUUGGGUAAAUUAAAAGGUGCAGAAAAGGUGCCACAUGGUGGUGGCGGUGAUGGUAGCGGUGACGGUGAAGAUGACCACAGCACUGAAGUAUUGCCCGGUGGACAUCACAAGAAAGAGCAAAACAAACAGAGGAGCGCACCACUAGUGAGUGAGCAGAGAGACACCACAAUGGCGAAGGGAUCCAACCUCCUAGAAAGUAACAACCUUAGCAAUAUCAGCGUGAACGAAAGCAAUUUUGAUGACGUAUUUUUCCUGCCCCCCAAUGAAUACUCAGAUUGUUUGAACCAAAAAAUAGAGGAACUGUCAAAACUGUAUGAAAUAAAUUUAACAAUUAAUAAAAAUAUAAUUAACUCAAAUGAGUAUAAAAACCCCUGCAUUUUGGAAAAAAUUAUGCAGAUUUUUCAAAUUGAUGUGUAUUCAUCUAAUUACCCUUUAAAUAUUUACAACCCUCAUGAUUUUUUAUCCAUCGAUUUGUUUAACGAGAAAGGGGAGGAAACGGAUCAGAAGAAAACCAAGACGAAGUGGUCUAACCACUGAUUGGUACUUCACGUUUGAUAAGUUUCGCAAGGUUGUUUUGCAUCAUGGGUGGUCAUGGCGGUGGCGGUGUCCAUUAGACGGGGAUGAUCUCCUUGCUCUUUGUGAGGGCUGUCAAAUGUGUUAACAUGUCUUAGGGGUACCCCUGCGGAUAGAUAGCCAAAGGAAUAGCAGCAAAGAAGCAGACAUUAUAGGUGGGACUGUAGGACACUCUGGUCAGCUGCUAAUAUGUAACAAUACCCCUGCGCAUGGGGGAGGUGAAGUAGGCAUCCACGUUGCCCAUCCUAGCAAGCACAUUUGGGUCGCUCCAUUUUGUUCCCCCCAAAAUGAGCACUCAUAGUACUUAAGGUUUAAUUAGAGUUAAAAAGUGUGCAUUGUUAUAUUGGUGGUCAAAUAAAACCUCCGCUUACGUUAUUCAAAAGUGAAAAAAGGGGAAGUUUCACAUGGCUAAAUGCAAUUGUGAGGGCACAAAUGCAGUCAGAUGGGGAAAGGCAGGAUAGGGACACCCGUACGACGUACG